UGCUUCUGUAGAAGAACCUCAAGGAGGUCUUACAUGUUUUUGCAGAUAUAAAACCAUGGCAUGUCUCUGGAUUCUCUGGAGUUUGAAUAUUUCCAGUAGUGGAAUCCUCAGGAGGACUGAUCAGGUCUUACAUUUCUAAAGCCAUGACCUGUGAAUUAGUGACAUUCACAGAUGUGGCCAUAGACUUCUCUCAGCAGGAGUGGGAAUACCUGGACCCUAAUCAGAGAAAUUUGUACAGGGAUGUGAUGUUGGAAAACUAUAGGAACCUGGUCUCACUGGGACAUUCCAUUUCUAAACCAGAUGUGGUUGACUUAUUGGAGCAAGGCAAAGAACCCUGGAUGAUUUUGAGGGAUGAAACACAGUACACAGAUUUGGAUUUACAGUGUGAGAUAAUCAGCUACAUAGAAAUGCCUACUUGUGAAACACAUGUAUCCUCUAUAAGACAUCAGAGAAUAUGUAACAGAGAGGAAUUCUAUGAAUGUGAGAAAUGUCAGAAGAAAUUUAGUAGUGGCUAUCAACUUAUUCUACAUCACAGGUUUCAUAUUAUUGAGAGACCCUAUGAAUGCAAAGAAUGUGGGAAGAACUUUCGUAGUGGCUAUCAACUUACUCUGCAUCAAAGAUUUCAUACUGGUGAGAAACCCUAUGAAUGUACAGAAUGCGGGAAGAACUUUAAAAGUGGUUAUCAACUCACUGUACAUCAGAGAUUUCAUACUGGUGAGAAGACCUAUGAAUGUAGGGAAUGUGGGAAGGCCUUUAUUUAUGCUUCUCACAUUGUCCAACAUGAGAGAAUUCACACUGGUGGGAAGCCUUAUGAAUGUCAGGAAUGUGGGAAGGCCUUUAGUCAAGGUGGGCACCUUAGAAUCCAUCAGAGAAUUCACACUGGUGAAAAACCCUAUAAAUGUAAGGAAUGUGGGAAGGCUUUUAGUAGGCACUCAAAUCUUGUUGAACAUGGGCAAAUUCAUACUGAUGAGAAGCCUUAUGUAUGUGAAAAAUGUGGAAAGGCCUUUAGAAGAGGUCAUCAACUUAUUGUACAUCAGAGUGUUCAUACAGGCAAAAAACCGUAUGAAUGUGAAGAGUGUGGGAAGGGCUAUACCACUGCCUCAUACCUUCUUCUACAUCAGAGAAUUCAUAAAGGUGGGAAACCAUAUGAAUGCAAGGAAUGUAAAAAAACCUUUACUUUAUAUAGAAAUCUUAGUCGACAUCAGAAUAUUCAUACUGGUGAGAAACUUUUUGAAUGUAAGCAAUGUGGGAAGGCAUAUACUACUGGCUCCAAACUUUUUCAACAUCAGAAAACUCAUACUGGGGAGAAACCCUAUGCGUGUAAGGAAUGUGGGAAGACCUUUAGUUUAUAUGGAUACCUUAAUCAACAUCAGAAAAUUCAUACUGGUGUGAAACAAUUUGAAUGUAAGGAGUGUAAAAAAACUUUUACUUUGUAUAGAAAUCUUACUCGACAUCAGAGUAUUCAUACUGGCAAAAAACUUUUUGAAUGUCCAGAAUGUGGGAAAGCCUAUAGUACUGGCUCAAACCUUAUUCAACAUCAGAAGACACAUACUGGUGAGAAACCCUAUGAAUGUAAGGAAUGUGGAAAGACCUUUAGCUUGCAUGGAUACCUUAAUCAGCAUCAAAAAAUUCAUACUGGUGUGAAACCCUAUGAAUGUAAGGUAUGUAGAAAAACCUUUACUUUCUAUAGAAAUCUUACUCUACAUCAGAGUAUUCAUACUGAUGAGAAACCUUUUAAAUGCAGGGAAUGUGGGAAGACCUUCAGACGUAGUUCCCACCUUAAUGCACAUCAGAGUAUUCAUGCUGAUAAAAAACCCUAUGAAUGUAAAGAAUGUGGAAAGGCGUUUAAAAUGUAUGGAUACCUUACCCAACAUCAGAAAAUUCAUACUGGUGGAAAACCUUACGAAUGUAAGGAAUGUGGGAAGGCCUUUAGUCGUGCUUCAAACCUUAUUCAGCAUGAAAGAAUUCAUACAGGUGAGAAACCCUAUGUGUGUAAGCAGUGUGGGAAAACCUACAGAUACAGUUCAGCCCUUAAAGCACACCAGGGAAUUCAUACUGUUCAGGAGUCCCUAACUUUCAGGGAUGUGGUCAUAAACUUCUCUCGUCAUGAGUGGAACUAUCUUAGCAUCGCCCAGAAGACCUUGUACCGGGAUGUGAUGAUGGAGAACUAUGGUAACUUAGUCUCACUGGCAGGACCUUCCAUGUCUAAGCCGCAUAUAAUUACCUUAUUGGAGCAAGGAAAAGAACCCUGGAUGGUUGUGAGGGAAGAAACAAGAAGAGAGUGUACAGAUUUGGAUUCAAGGUGUGAAAUAAUCAGCAAUGGAAAAACACACGUUUAUAGGAAACAUUCAUCUGUUACUCUACGGCAGAGAAUUCAUAAAGGAGAGAAAUCAUAUGAAUGUAAGGAAUGUCAAAAGGUUUUUUGUCAUCUUACAGAACUUACUUUACAUCAGAGGAUUCAUACUAGUGAGAAACCUGAUCAAUGUGAAGAGUUUGAGAAGGUUUUCAGUCAUCUUACAGACUUUAGAGACCAUCAGAAAAUUCAUACUCUUGAGAAACCUUAUGAAAGUGAAGAAUGUGGGAAAGACUUUAGUCGUCCUGUAAACCUCGCUAAACGUGGAAAAGUUCAUGCUAAGAAACCUUAUGAAUGUAAAGAGUGUGGGCAAGCUUUUAGGUGUAGCCGCCAACUUACUGCACAUCAUAGAUUUCAUACUGGUGAGAAACCCUAUCAGUGUAAAGAAUGUGGGAAGGCCUUUAGUGUAUAUGGACGACUGAGACGUCAUCAGAGUAUUCACACUGGUGAAAAACCCUUUGAAUGUAAUAAAUGUGGCAAGGCCUUUAGACUCAAGUCAGGCCUUAAAGCACAUGAGAUUAUUCAUACUGGAGAGAAGCCUUACAAAUGUAUGGAAUGUGGGAAAGCCUUUCGUCAGUUUGCACACCUUGUAGGUCAUAAAAGAAUUCAUACUGGAGAAAAACCUUAUGAAUGUAAGCAAUGUGGGAAAGCCUUUAGAUGUAAGUAUCAACUUACCAUACAUCAGAGAAUUUACAUUAGGGAGAAACCCUGUGAAUGUAAAGACUAUGGGGAGGCUUUUAGUAGUAGCCAUCAACUUACUACCCAUCAUACAUCUGAUAGUGUUGAUAAACCAUAUAAAUGUAAGGAAUGUGGAAAGGCAUUCAGCAUAUAUGGACGACUUACUCGACAUCAGGGUAUUCAUAGUGAUAAGAAACCCUUUGUGUGUAACAAAUGCGGGAAAUCCUUUAGACUCAACUCAUACCUUAAACUACAUCAGAAUGUUCAUACUGGUGAGAGACCCUAUGAAUGUAAGGAAUGUGGGAAGGCCUUUAGUCAGCCUGCACACCUAGGACAUCAUAGCAGAAUUCAUACUGGUUACAAACCCUUUGAAUGCAAAGAAUGUGGGAAGGCCUUUCGUUCCGCUUCAUAUCUUGUUAGACAUGAGAGGAUUCAUACUGGUGAGAAGCCCUAUAUAUGUCAAGAGUGUGGGAAAGCUUUUAUUUAUAGCCAUAAACUUACUAUACAUCGUAGAGUUCACACUGGUGAGAAACCUUUUAAAUGUAAGGAAUGUGGGAAGGCUUUUAGUGUGUCUGGACAACUUACUCAGCAUCAGUGUGUUCAUAAUGGUAAGAAACCCUUUGAAUGCAACAAAUGUGGAAAGUCCUUUAGACUUAUUUCAAAACUUAAAGUUCACGAGAAUACUCACAGUGAUGAGAAACCGUAUGAAUGUAAGGAAUGUGGGAAGGCCUUUCGUCAUGCCACUAGCCUCAUAUAUCAUGACCGAAUUCACUCUGGUGAAAAGUUAUAUGAAUGUAAAGAAUGUGGGGAGACUUUCAAUGAUGCCUCACAGCUUGUUAUUCAUGAACGAAUUCAUACUGGUGAUAAACCUUAUGAAUGUAAAGAAUGUGGAAAGGCAUUUCGUUGUGCCUCAUACCUUGUUAGACAUGAGAAGAUUCAUACUGGUGAAAAUCCCUAUGUAUGUCUAGAGUGUGGGAAAGCUUUUAGUUAUAGCCAUGAACUUACUAUACAUCAUAAAGUUCAUGCUGGUGAGAAACCUUUUGAAUGUAAUCAAUGCAGAAGGUCCUUUAGGCUUAGUUCCAUCCUUGAAGUACAUCAAAGAAUUCAUACUAGGUAGAGACACUGUGGCAUGCACAUGUAAUAAAGUACCUUGCAUCAGUAGAUUUAUACCACUAAGAAACAGUUUGAAGGCAGUGUGGGAAGGUUUUUACAUAUGGUUCAGUUCUUACUAGGCAUUAAUUUGUAUAGGUGUGAUCUUUUC